AAACCACACCACCCCUAAACCUUCUCAUCUUCCCCUGUUCUUCCUCAACCUCACUCUCUCUCUCUCUACAAACACCAUUAUGCUUCUCCGAGCUGCUUCGGCUUUCUCUCUCGUGAACCCUCAUGGGGACAAUCUGAGUCCGUUUGGGUCCUCUAUUUUGGGGGUUUCUUCGAAAGCCAAGAUCGGAAAUGGGUUUCUGGUUUGCGCUUCCAAGGGCUCGGACAAUCGGCCUCUUACCGGUGUAGUGUUCGAGCCGUUUGAAGAGGUGAAGAAGGAGCUCACACUCGUCCCUACUCUCCCCCACUCUUCCAUUGCUCGCCAGAAAUACUCCGAUGAAUGCGAGUCCGCUAUCAACGAACAGAUCAAUGUUGAAUACAAUGUAUCAUAUGUGUACCAUGCUAUGUUUGCCUACUUUGAUCGCGACAACAUUGCUCUCAAGGGUCUUGCAAAGUUUUUUGAGGAAUCAAGUGAAGAGGAACGGGACCAUGCUGAGAAGUUCAUGAAGUAUCAGAACAAACGAGGUGGGAAAGUGAAGCUGCAAUCAAUUCUGAUGCCACUGUCUGAGUUUGACCAUGAUGAGAAGGGAGAUGCAUUGUAUGCAAUGGAGCUUGCACUGUCUUUGGAGAAGUUGACAAAUGAAAAACUUCUAAACUUGCACGCUGUAGCAAGCCAGAACAAUGAUGCGCAGUUGACUGAUUUUGUCGAAAGUGAAUUUUUAACUGAGCAGGUGGAAGCCAUUAAGAAGAUGUCAGAAUACGUUGCUCAGCUGAGGAGAGUGGGCAAAGGACAUGGAGUCUGGCACUUUGAUCAGAUUCUCCUCCAUGAGGAAGCAGGAGUUGCAGCAUGAUGGUGAAGCUGGUCUUGUUGUCUUCGACUUGCUAGCUGAUUUGGAGGACUUUCUGAGUGGUCUUUUGUGGUGUUAGAUUUUCAAUUAGAGAUUUUGGGUUGCGGAUAAAGUUUUAUUGAUGGCUGAUGAAAAGCUCUUAUGGGACUAAUUUAGUCAUCUAUAUUAGUACUAAGUUAAGAGUGCAUGAGAUAUUGGUUAUAUAUAUGUUUUAAAAUUUCCUAUCUAUGCUGUGUAGAAGAAUUUUUUAUCUGAA